AUGGAGCUAUCAGACAGUGACAUGAUGCAGCAGCCUGAUCAACAAGAUAGCCAAGUUGACGAACCAGCUACAACCCCCGACGGACUCACCGGACCUAGGCCCGUAGAAGCAGCUAUAAAGAAACAGACACAGGCUCUGCGCAGAUUCUCAGACAGCACUGGACAAAUACAAUAUCUGGAUCCCCGGCCCACAGCAACGGUGCGUCCAUCGGCUGAUACCCUCUUCUCAGACCUUUCAUUAUAUACCGGCGAUGUAUCUAAUGGGCAACGGUAUGGCCGGGAGUCUCUCCGCUCGCCAUCGCCGGUUCCGGCCGAACCUACCUCUGAAUUACCCAGUCCAAGGAGGAGACGUUCACUGCGAUGGAUCGUUUUGAAGGCAUGGUUGCAUAGUAAAGGGAUGCUGAUGGUGAUUCUAUCACAAUUCUUUGGCGCGUCUAUGAAUGUGAUGACACAGAUUCUCGAGCGGGAUGGAAGCCAUGGGAAAGCCAUGCAUCCGUUUCAAAUCCUGUUUACUCGCAUGCUUAUCACGGCAGCUGCCAGUUAUGCUUACAUGUGUUGGGGGUUCUUUGGGGUAUUUGGAAUGUACUUUUCGCUGUUGUAUAUGCCGUUGGCAGAAGCCACCGUGCUUACAUUUCUGGCACCGAUCGUCGCGUGCUAUGUGUGUUCGUUCCUGAUGCCCAACGAACCAUUCACUCGAAGGCAACAACUAGCCGGCAUCGUGUCUCUUCUCGGUGUCAUCCUGAUCGCGCGGCCAUUCUCUGGCGGGAAAGUUGAAGAUGUCGUUGAUUUAACGCCGCCGUCCAACAGCACCAUGAUCGAUUCGUCUGGGCUGCUGGCCGAAAGUAUCACAGAGGCUGCCCCGUCGGCGUACCAGCAUCUCUUGGCGAUCGGGUUCAGUCUGGUCGGCGUACUUGGCGCAGCGUGUGCAUACACAACGAUUCGGCUGAUUGGAACUAGAGCUCACGCGCUGGUCAGUGUAACUUAUUUCUCGACCUACUCAACCCUGAUCUCCAUCGUUGCCAUGAUCGCUAUUCCCUCUGUAUCGUUCCGGCUGCCAGGGAAUAUCUCAGAAUGGGGACUGUUACUGGGGCUAGGGGCGAAUGGGUUCACGAUGCAGUACUUGCUUACGGCUGGUCUAGCAUAUAAGCCACCAUCGUCGACAACGACCAGCGGCCACGGCACGCGAGCAACAUCGAUGGUGUACACGCAGAUGCUGUUUGCACUGUUUUACGAUAAGCUGGUGAUGGACAGCACGCCAUCGGCGAUUAGUUGGGCUGGGUCGGGGCUGAUUCUGGGGAGUGCGCUGUACGUUGCUAUUGUUCGAGACAGCAACACGAACAUGACCACGAUGGGGACAGUGGCUGCCGCGAUUCACGCGGAUGAAAGCCGGGAGAAUGCGAGUGAAAUGGCAGGCUUGAGAAAGGAUAUUGAACAAGGUCAAGCACUGUUGGCACGUGAGCCGGAGAUUACUGAUCCGGGCUCUUCUCGAUAG